CGGGGCGGUGGAGGGGCGGGGCCCACGAAACUCCUCGGGCGGCAGCGAUGGCGGCUGCGUCGGGUUCAUUUCGCGUGCAGCGUUGCAUGGUGUCGCCAGCUGGGAGGCACAGCGCCUCGCUGAUCUUCCUGCACGGCUCAGGUGAUUCUGGACAAGGAUUGAGAACAUGGAUCAAGCAGGUUUUAAAUCAAGAUUUAACAUUCCAGCACAUAAAAAUUAUUUAUCCAACAGCUCCUCCCAGGCCAUAUACUCCUAUCAAAGGAGGAAUCUCCAAUGUAUGGUUUGACAGAUUUAAAAUAUCUAAUGACUGCCCAGAACACCUUGAAUCCAUCAAUGUAAUGUGUAAAGUGCUCACAGAUUUGAUUGAUGAUGAAGUAAAAAGUGGCAUCAAGAAGAAUAGAAUAUUAGUAGGAGGAUUUUCUAUGGGAGGGUGCAUGGCAAUGCAUUUAGUGUACAGAAAUCAUCAAGAUGUGGCAGGAGUAUUUGCUCUUUCUAGUUUUCUGAAUAAAACAUCUGCUGUGUACCAGGCUCUUCAGGAAAGUGACGGUGUACUCCCUGAAUUAUUCCAGUGUCACGGCACUGCAGAUGAGUUAGUUCCUCAUUCUUGGGGUGAAGAGACAAACUCCGUGUUAAAGUCCCUAAGAGUGAGCACGAAGUUUCAUAGUCUCCCAGGUGUUUACCAUGAGCUAAGCAAAGCUGAGCUAGAAAAACUGAAGUCAUGGAUACUUCAAAAGCUUCCAGGAGAAAUGGAGAAGCAAAAUGAAUGAAUCAAGAUUGAUUUGUUGACCUACCUGUAAUGUCUUUGUGAAAAGUGGUUUUUACUGCCAAAUUAUACUUUGGUAAGUGAUAAUUAAAAUAGUAUUAUCAGUAAACAAUACCAAGUUUACUGACUUAUUUACUGGUUAUUGAAAUGCUUAGCACCACAAAGAGUAGCAUCAUCUUAUUCAUGGUAAAUAUUAAUUUAGACAGACAUCUGUGUGUUAUUUUUCAGAUACAUUUGUAAAUAUUUGGAGACCUUUUAAGUAGUUAAAUGAUUAAAUUUUAAAAAUAAUGUAAAGUUGGUUUAAGUAAGAGCAAUGAGAAAACAUGAAAAGGCUUGACAUGGCAUUUUAUUUACAAGUGUCCUAUUUUGUUUCCAAAUAUUCAGGAAUAUUUUAGAUGUGUUUAUUAUUGAUUCCUGAUUUAAAUCCAUUGUGGCCAGAGAGCAUAUUUUGUGUUACUGUUUUAUCUGUAUUCAUGAAGGUUAUUGGCUUGAAGUUUUGCUAUUCAAUUUGUUUUGUACAUUUUUUGGUCUGGUUUUGGUAUUAGGGUAAUACUGACCUCGUAAAAUGAAUUGGGAGGUGUUUUCUCCUCUUCUGUUUUUUUUUGGGGAGAAAUUGUAUAGAAUUGGCAUUAAUUUUUACUUUAAAUUUUUGAUGAAAUUCUCUAGUGAAACCUUCUAGGCCUGGAGAUUUCGUUUAUCUCUUGACAGUGUACCUACAAGUUUAUUAUAAACACCUCACACUUAGUACAAGAACCUUCCAUUUUCCCCUUCCUGGUCUUUAUGCUAUUUUUCACACUUUACUUAUAAAUAGCAUGUACCAUAAAUCUCACAACACAUUACUACUCUCUUAUUUAAAGUCAGCUUUCCUUUAAAUCAAAUAAUGACGAAAAAAUCUUAUAUGUAUACCUGUGUAGUUACCACUUCCAGUGCUCUGCAGUUAUUUUGUGCUGAUAACGUCUUUCUGGUAUCCUUUUCAUUCUGCCUGAAGGACAUCCUUUAAAUAAUUCCGGUACAAAUCUGCUGGCAAUGGAUUCUUUCAGCUUAUAUGUCUAGGAAAGCCUAUAUUUUGCAUUAAUUUU